AUGUGUUGUGGAAUUCAAAAAAGAUUACCUGUCAAAGCCCUGGAGAGAUUGAAUGUAGGGCAAAACAACACCUACAUCAACAGAAACAACAUCUACAACUAUUACAACAACACCCACAUCAACAGAAACAACACCUACUAUUACAACACCUACAUCAACAGAAACAACACCUACAACUGUUACGACAACACCCACAUCAACAGAAACAACACCUACAACUGUAACAACAACACCUACAUCAACAGAAACAUCACCUACAACUGUUACAAUGACAACUACAUCAACAGAAACAACACCUACAACCAUUACGACAACACCUACAUCAACAGAAACAUCACCUACAACUGUAACGACAACACCUACAUCAACAGAAACAUCACCUACAACUGUUACAAUGACAACUACCUCAACAGAAACAACACCUACAACCAUUACGACAACACCUACAUCAACAGAAACAUCACCUACAACUGUUACGACAACACCUACAUCAACAGAAACAUCACCUACAACUGUUACAAUGACAACUACCUCAACAGAAACAACACCUACAACCAUUACGACAACACCUACAUCAACAGAAACAUCACCUACAACUGUUACGACAACACCUACAUCAACAGAAACAUCACCUACAACUGUUACAAUGACAACUACCUCAACAGAAACAACACCUACAACCAUUACGACAACACCUACAUCAACAGAAACAUCACCUACAACUGUUACGACAACACCCACAUCAACAGAAACAACAACUACAACUGUAACGACAACACCUACAUCAACAGAAACAUCACCUACAACUGUUACGACAACACCCACAUCAACAGAAACAACACCUACAACUGUAACGACAACACCUACAUCAACAGAAACAUCACCUACAACUGUAACGACAACACCUACAUCAACAGAAACAUCACCUACAACUGUUACGACAACACCCACAUCAACAGAAACAACUACAACUGUAACGACAACACCCACAUCAACAGAAACAACUACAACUGUAACGACAACACCUACAUCAACAGAAACAUCACCUACAACUGUUACGACAACACCCACAUCAACAGAAACAACACCUACAACUGUAACGACAACACCUACAUCAACAGAAACAUCACCUACAACUGUUACGACAACACCCACAUCAACAGAAACAACACCUACAACUGUAACGACAACACCUACAUCAACAGAAACAUCACCUACAACUGUUACGACAACACCCACAUCAACAGAAACAACAACUACAACUGUAACGACAACACCUACAUCAACAGAAACAUCACCUACAACUGUUACGACAACACCCACAUCAACAGAAACAACACCUACAACUGUAACGACAACACCUACAUCAACAGAAACAUCACCUACAACUGUUACGACAACACCCACAUCAACAGAAACAACUACAACUGUAACGACAACACCCACAUCAACAGAAACAACUACAACUGUAACGACAACACCUACAUCAACAGAAACAUCACCUACAACUGUUACGACAACACCCACAUCAACAGAAACAACACCUACAACUGUAACGACAACAUCUACAUCAACAGAAACAUCACCUACAACUGUUACAAUGACAACUACAUCAACAGAAACAACACCUACAACCAUUACGACAACACCUACAUCAACAGAAACAUCACCUACAACUGUUACGACAACACCCACAUCAACAGAAACAACAACUACAACUGUAACGACAACACCUACAUCAACAGAAACAUCACCUACAACUGUUACGACAACACCCACAUCAACAGAAACAACACCUACAACUGUAACGACAACACCUACAUCAACAGAAACAUCACCUACAACUGUUACAAUGACAACUACAUCAACAGAAACAACACCUACAACCAUUACGACAACACCCACAUCAACAGAAACAACAACUACAACUGUAACAACAACACCUACAUCAACAGAAACAUCACCUACAACUGUUACGACAACACCUACAUCAACAGAAACAUCACCUACAACUGUUACGACAACACCCACAUCAACAGAAACAACACCUACAACUGUAACGACAACACCUACAUCAACAGAAACAUCACCUACAACCAUUACGACAACACCUACAUCAACAGAAACAUCACCUACAACUGUUACAAUGACAACUACAUCAACAGAAACAUCACCUACAACUGUUACGACAACACCUACAUCAACAGAAACAACACCUACAACCAUUACAACAACACCUACAUCAACAGAAACAAUACCUACAUCAACAGAAACAACACCUACAACCAUUACAACAACACCUACAUCAACAGAAACAUCACCUACAACUGUUACAAUAACACCUACAUCAACAGAAACAACACCUACAACUGUUACAGUAACACCUUCAUCAACAGAAACAUCACCUAUAACUGUUACAAUAACACCUUCAUCAACAGAAACAUCACCUACAACUGUUACAAUAACAACACCUUCAUCAACAGAAACACCUACAACCAUUACAAUAACACCUACAUCAACAGAAACAUCUACAACUGUUACAACAAUACCUACAUCAACAGAAACAACACCUACAACUGUUACAAUGACAACUACGUCAACAGAGACAUCCACAAUCACAUCCACUUUUACUACACCAACUACUGUAUCAAUGACACCUACGUCUACAGAAACACCUAAAACUAGUACAACUACUGGCAAAACUAAACCCACUUCAACAAUAACAUCUACAAGUACUUUCAGUAUAAAAACAGGGCCAACUCCUACUCCAUCACCACAAUGUAAUUGCACAUAUUUAAAUUCAAAAUUCUCAAACGGGUCAACAAUCUAUAAUAAAACGGAUAAAGCAGGUUGGUGCUACUCUGCCUACUGCAACUCCACUUGUGGUAUUGUGAUAACGUCUCAGAAAUGUGUAACCCCUCCACCUCCACAAGACUGUACAAAUGUCAGCAGAAAG